AUGGCCAGCUCAGCACAAUACAGCCGACGCUCACCAGAAACAACUGAGGCUUGGAUCCUUGGAAGUGGAAUUGCAUCUCUAGCAUCAGCAGUUUACCUGAUAAAGAAUGCUCAUUUACGUCCUUCUGCUGUGCACGUCCUCGAUGAACACCUGUCCUUGCAGCAAACAUUACAUCAUCAAGGUACUACGCAUGCAGGAUAUGAUCAGUUCGCAGGGUGUCUCCCUGCUCCCGCUGGAUCGGGGUUGACAGAGCUUCUCGAUAUUAUUCCAUCCGCAGUGACAGAAGGUCGCUCUUAUCUGCAUGACCUCCGAGCAGCGGAGGAACAAAAUGCCAUGAACAGAAACGGGGGUACCUGUUUUAUCGCUCAAAAUAAAGGGGCUUUCAGACACCUGCCCACGGAGUCGCUGAAUAUAGGGUGGAGCCACAGAAUACAUUUGAUGCGUCUUCUUAUAAAAGGAGAGAAAAGCCUGCAAAAGAGGGAGAUCCGUCAUUUUUUCCGAGAAAGCUUCUUUAGGAUCGACACACCCUGGCACAGCGCUGCAGAAUUCAGGCGUGCUGUUAGGCAAUAUUUAUCCGACUUCCACAGCUUAGGCAUUUUGAGCUGUCUGGAUCUCACAGGCUAUUAUCAAUACGAGUCGAUACAUCUCCCUAUAUAUUUCUUUCUCCGGAGUCAGGGCGUGGAUUUUCAGUUCAACAUCAAAAUACGAAAUGUUGAAACGACAGUCAACCAAAAUCGUCGUACAAUCAGUCGGCUCGCCGUUUCUCAGAACGGACUUGAUUUCGGAAAUGUGAUAGGACCUAGCGACAUCGUCAUUGCUACACCGGGCUCGACUGUGUCGGGAUCUGAAAUUGGAACAAAUGAUCUCCCGCCAGCUUGCCAUUCAAUUGAAGCAGGAGAUCACCUCGACGCAAACUGGGCACUAUGGCUAGAAGCUGGGAACAAAUACUCCGAUCAUGGCAACCCUUAUACUUUCUGCACACGCAAAUCCGAAUCCAUGUUGGAAUCCUUCACUAUCACAACCGAGCACAUUGGAUUUGUCGAUUAUCUUCAGUCUCUGUCACGAUGCACAUCUCAGGCUGGUGCAAUUAUUCUUAUGAUGAAUAGUAACUGGGGUUUGAGGCUUUGCCUCCCUGUCCAGCCUGUGUUUACUCACCAGUCGCAAGACGUCUGUGUCCUCUGGGGCUUUGCGCUCUUCCCCGAAAACGAAGGCGAGCAUGUCAAAAAGAACAUGCUUGUCUGUUCCGGUGCCGAAAUCAUGUCUGAGAUCUUAUAUUAUCUGAAUCCCCCUGGCGAGAUGGCCACAGAAGCCCUUCAGCGUUCUAUUACCAUACCACGCGUGAUGCCGAGGAUGAGCUCAGCAUUAUUGACUAGAUCCCUCGAAGACCGCGCUUGCAUUACCCCAGAAUCAGUCGUCAAUAUCGGCCUAGUUGGGCCAUUUGUCGAGUCUCCAUGGCGGACUUGUGUGGACACAAGCUAUGGUGUGCACGCGGCACGGGCGGCUGUAUCGCGUCUUAUGGGCCUUGAAGAUCUGCCCGAGGAACCUUCGCCCCCGUCAAUCUGGAGGGUUUUGGUUACUCUACUGUGGAAGUGA